GCUUCAAUGGUGGAACACCUGAAGUAAGGGAUGCAGCAUUUUUAGCUCUGGCUGCCGUAGCCAAAGUUGGUUGGAAUGAGACCUUUGGAGAAGUCGCUGGAGAAACUUGAUGAUGUCAGGAAAAAGAAGUUAUCGGAAAUGAUUGGGAGUUCUGGAGGGGGUCAAUCCACUGUUACAAGUACAGUCCAAUCUUUAGGAAGAGGUAUGUCUUGCACAGAGCUGUAUAAAAUCAUGAAAGAGCACAAGAAUCCUAAGGUUCUCAGUGAAGGCAUUCUGUGGAUGGUUUCUGCAGUUGAAGAUUUUGGGGUUUCAUAUCUGAAACUGAAGGAUUUAAUUGACUUCUGUAAGGAUAUUGGUUUACAAUCCAGUGCUGCUGCCACUAGAAAUUCUACUAUUAAACUUAUUGGUGUUUUGCACAAAUUUAUUGGUCCAGAUAUUAAGGCAUUCCUCACAGAUGUUAAACCUGCUCUUUUAAGUGCACUUGAUGCAGAGUAUGAAAAAAAUACAUUUGAGGGUACAUCUGCAGUUCCAAAGAAGACUGUGAAAUUAUCGGAUUCUGCAUCAUCUUUGGCUGCUGGUGGGCUAGAUGGUCUUCCACGUGAAGAUAUUUGUGAAAAGGUCACACCUACCUUGUUGAAGGGCCUUGAGUUUUCGGAUUGGAAGAUUCGAUUGGAAUCCAUUGAAACAGUGAAUAAAAUUAUGGAAGAGGCCAACAAGCGUAUUCAACCAACUGGAACUGUGGAGUUGUUUGGGGCUCUAAGAAACCGCCUACACGACAGCAACAAGAAUCUAAUUAUGGCAACUUUAUCUACUAUCGGCGGUCUUGCAUCUGCAAUGGGUCCAGCAGUUGAGAAGUCAAGCAAGGGUAUUCUGUCAGAUAUCUUGAAAUGCCUUGGUGACAAUAAAAAGCACAUGAGAGAGUGCACUUUGACCACUUUAGACUCUUGGCUUGCCGAUGUUUUUCUAGAUAAAAGGGUCCCUUGCAUCACAGCUGCACUAACGGAUGCUAAGCUAGGUGCGGAAGGGCGCCGGGAUCUUCUUGAUUGGUUAUCAAGACAACUUGCCGGAUUGGCAGUUUUUUCUGAUGCUAUAUAUCUUCUAAAACCUUCUGCCUUUGCUAUGGCGGAUAAAUCAGCGGAUGUUCGUAAAGCUACAGACACUUGCUUUGGUGAAAUUUUGAGGGUUUGUGGGCAGGAAAUGGUGUCUGAUAGUAGUUAAGAACGACAACAAUGAGCGAAUUCCAACUAGAACAGUAACUGGUUGGAGGGUGUGCAUUGACUAUAGGGUUGUGCAAUGCACUGGCCACCUUUAAAAGAUGCAUGAUGACGAUCUUUGCGGACAUGGUUGAGGACAUUAUGGAGGUAUUUAUGGAUGACUUUUCGGUGUUUGGUACUUCUUUUGACAACUGCCUUCACAAUCUCUCCUUGGUGUUACAACGCUGUGAGGAAAAGAACUUGGUUCUUAACUGGGAAAAGUGUCACUUCAUGGUACAAGAAGGAAUUGUGUUAGGCCACCAUGUUUCAGCGAGGGGACUUGAAGUUAACAGAGCAAAAAUUGAUACAAUUGCAAAGCUACUAUCACCCACCAAUGUCAAAGGCAUUCGAAGUUUCUUAGGGCAUGCUGGAUUCUAUAGGAGGUUCAUCAAAGAUUUUUCAUAAGUAGCUAAACCCCUAUGCAACCUUUUGGAGAAUGACACAACAUUUGCAUUUGAUGACGACUAUCUAAGGACAUUUGAAACCAUAAAGGCAAAAUUGGUAACUGCUCCAGUGAUGGUAGUGCCAAAUUGGGACCAACCAUUUGAGGUUAUGAGUGAUGCUAGUGACUACGCAGUAGGAGCGAUUUUAGGUUAAAGGCGUGAUAAAAAUUUUCGGGCAAUCCACUAUGCCAGUAAAACCCUUAAUGGAGCUCAACUCAAUUAUACCACAACAGAGAAGGAAAUGCUAGCAGUAGUGUUUACAUGUGACAAAUUCAGAUCCUACCUCAUUGGUACCAAAGUGAUCAUUUACACCGCCCAUGCUGCAAUCAGAUAUCUCUUUGAAAAGAAGGAUACCAAGCCACGCCUAAUUCGAUGGAUAUUUCUACUACAGGAAUUCGAUGUAGAAAUUCGAGAUGAGAAAGGCAAUGAAAAUGUCGUUGCAGACCAUCUCUCACGGUUAGACAAUGAGAAAGUGGUAGAUGACAGUCAAAUUCGAGAAACUUUCCAUGGCGAGGUCUUGCUAGCUGUAUCAACAAGGAUCCCAUUGUAUGCUGAUUUUGUCAAUUAUUUGGUGUAUGGAAAAUUGCCGCUUGACUUGACCUUCCAUCAAAAGAAGAAAUUCUUACAUGAUGUCAAGUCAUAUCUGUGGGAUGACCCAAUAGUGUUCAAGUCGUGUGCUGACAGAAUAAGCAGGCAGUGUGUCCCUAUGGAAGAAACACAAUCAAUUAUGUAGCGUUGCCAUUCAUCCCCUUAUGGAGGUCACUUCGGUCCUACACGCACUGCUGCUAAAGUAUUGCAAUUUGAUUUUUAUUGGCCAAAUUUGUUCAAGGACUGCUAUGCUUUUUGUGAAGACAUGUGACCGUUGUCGGUGAACUGGAAACAUUUCACGGCAUCAUGAACUGUCAUUAACUAAUAUGCUUGAGGUGGAGUUAUUUGAUGUAUGGGGUAUAGACUUCAUAGGUCCGUUUUCACCUUCUUUUGGUCAGGUAUACAUUCUCCCUGCAAUAGACUAUGCCAUUGCCAUACACAUUUUUGUAACAAGUUGUUCAACUCCCUUUUAGCUAAAUAUGACAUCAAGCACAAAUUGACACUUAGUUAUCACCCACAAUCAAAUGGGCAAGCAGAAGUAUCUAACAGAGAGAUUAAACAGAUUUUGAAAAAGACAGUAAAUACCAUUCGAAAGGACUGGUUUCUCAAACUAGAUGACGCUCUUUGGGCAUACCGAACUGCCUUCAAAACACCAAUUGGAAUGUCACCUUACCGGUUGGUAUUUGGGAAAGCUUGUCACCUACCGGUGGAAUUGGAACAUAAAGCUUAUUGGGCUGUGAAAAAGUUGAACUUGGAUAUGAAAUAGGCCGAACCACAACGCUUAUUGCAACUUGAUGAAUUAGAGAAAUUUCGGAAUGAUGCAUAUGAAAAUGCGAAAAUAUACAAGGAGCGGAUAAAAAUGUGGCAUGAUGAGAAUCAUGAGGGAAUUUAAGGCGGGAGAACAAGUUCUUCUAUUCAACUCUCGAUUGAAAAUCUUUUUGGGCAAGCUUAAAUCAAGCAAAUGGACAACGCCUCAAGCAUUACUAUGGAGAGGAAAACCGAGAUGUGGAAGACAUUACUCUUGGAGAACCACAUUAAAACCACAUCACGUCCAGCUAAAGACGUAAAAGAAGCGCUUCUUGGGAAGCAACCCAAGUUGUAUCCCUAAAUUUCCGUUCUUUAGUUUGACAUUUCUUUCGUGGUAACUUUAAUAAUUUCGCUUUCUUUUCGUUUUUGUAGAAAUUUGCUCCAAUAAUGGUUGCAUCGACACUUUUAGUCAACAUGGGGAGGGAGCACGUUGGAGGUACAUAAUAUGCAUGGGCGCUGCGGCGUUGCAGCGCCAACUCUAAUAAAAAAAAAAAAAUUAAUAGCAAGUCCUGCAUCGCUGUGCCCAACCCUUAUUUUAAAAAAAAUAGAAAACACGGUCCCUCUUUCUCUUUUAUCUGCAUACCCCCAAACCCUUUUAUUCUUUUCCUCUCUCAAGUCUCUCCCUCUCCCUCCCCACACUUGCACACACCUAAUUCUCUCAUACUACCCCACCUUUACACACAUUCACAUCUAUCACAAGCCAUAUCCACUACUUUCAUUAGACUUGAAGGGUUAUUGACUAGUUCUUCAAAGAAUGUAUGUUCUUUUAAAAUGCAAUUUUACAUCUUUUAGCUUAAUUUGAACUUCUAGUAGUAAUCUUGUUUGGGAUUACGUCACAUUCUCAUUUUUCUUUGUUGGAUUAUACUUUGGUAAAGAUUCGAAAUUGUUUUGUUGUAUGCCUACAAUGUGUUUGUUCUUCUUCUGCCUCUUUGAAGCUCUUUGCCAAUUUUGAGAUUUAUGUUAGAAGACUUUGCAAAUUUUUAUGGGCUUGGAUUUUCCUGAUUAUUAAUUCAUUGUCUUGCCCACAAAGUGUUUGGUAAAUUUCCCCAAAGACUUUUUUGCGCUAUUCUUGGGAUUUUUUUAUGUUUUGUAUUAGGCUUUGUACUUGAUUAUUCUAGCCGCCUACCAUAUGUUCGAAUAUUAUUUCAUUAAGAUUUUCGUGCCUACUUUGGACAUACUUCAUUUACUAAGACAAUUCAUUGAAUUGGUUUAGGUGGCCGGUUAACUUCACGUGAUAUUGGGAAGAACACUUACACCAUGCUUCCUAAAAAGAAAUCCAAUGUAUAAAAUACACAGUUUGGGAUGGGAGAAGUUUACUAAGCAACCUACACCUGUAUUCAUCCCUUUGGUGAAAGAAUUUUAUGCCAAUGCCAAUAACAACGAGAACUUCAAAGUUUUUGUUCGGGGUUUUUGGAUCAAAUUUGAUAGUGCUUCAAUUAACAAGUUUUCCCACAUGCGAGAUAUACCCAAUGAUGACUAUUUCUGACUACGCGAUGAGGGGGUCGAUCCUGAUGAGAUAAUCGGUAUUGAAUGGAAAAGAUCAGCUAGUGAUGUAACUCACUUCCCUUCCUCUAGUCUGAUACCUAACUGUAAAAUUUGGCACCACUUCAUAUCAUCCAAACUGAUCCCCCAGUAGCAACACCAGCAAGGUCACCAAGGAACGGGCCUUAUUGAAUUUUGUUAUUCAGAAGAGGUAUUCUAUUGAUGUUGGCAGAGUCAUUCAAAAUAGCAUUCUUCGCAUCCUAGCCGGGCCAGCUACAGGUAGUUUGGGUCACCCCUCUUUGAUCCAUGACUUUUGCAUACACGGGGGUGUUCUCGUGCGAGAAACCGAUGAAGUGUUACACCCGAAACAACCACUUACAUGGGAACUCCAUGAUAGGCAUGUGGGACAUCGGGACAUGCCUAGCUCUUCUCAGUCAUCUCAUCCAUUACCCCCUACACUACUGCCUCCACAACCUUCUGAUGCUACGGGAGACAUCCUUAGACGUCUUGAAUAAUGCAAGAGCAUGUUCGUCGAAUAAAAAAUAAAGAGAUUCAUCGGGACACAAAAUUCAGAAUGAGUUGAUACUUAUGUUAGCGGACGAGAUAAAAAAUAAUAAUCAUUGAGAAACUCAAAAUUUCUAAAUACUUUUCUGUUAUACUUGAUUGCACUCCAGAUAAUGUCAAUGAUAUUGAGGUGUGUAGAUAUUUCGACAAGUCCAGUGAAGGUUGAAGUUUAGGAUUUUUAUUAGUGGAUGAUACGUCAGGUAAGGGACUUUUUGAGGAAUUGGUGGAUGCUUUGAAUAAUCUAGAACUUGAUAUUGAUAAUGUAAGAGGUCAAGGCUAUGAUAAUGGUGCUAACAUGAAAGGAUAACAUAAAAGAGUUCAAAGUAGACUAUUACAACUAAAUUCUAGUAAAUUCGACAUUCUUUGUGGAUAUCAUAGUCUUAAUUUUGCACUUUGUCAUAGUCUAAAUCUUUCUUUGGGGUGGUGCAACGUUUCUUCAUCUACUAAACGAUGGAAAGUUUUCAAUGAGAAUGUAACUAGCAAAUGUUGAUGAUCCUAAGAUAAAAAGUAAGGCGGAGUGUUUGGCAAUAUAUGAAAUUGACAAUUUUGAAUUUUUACUUGGAAUGAUUAUUUGGUAUGAAGUGUUGAAUAAUGUUAACAGAGUAAGUAAACAAUUGCAAGCAGAAGACAUGCAUAUUGAUGUUGCUAUAGACCAUUUAAAAGGCAUCAUUUCAUUUUUUAAAAGUUAUAGAGAAUCUGGUUUUGAAUCGGCCAUGGUUGAUGUUGAAGAGAUUGCAAGUGAAUUAGAAAUUAAAUCGAUAUUUCGUGAAAAAUGGGUUAUACAUAGAAAAAAACAGUUUGAUGAGACUUCUUCUAAAGAGAUAACACAAAUAGCUGAAAAAUCUUGUAAGAUAAAUUAUUUCAUAUAUAUAGAGAACCAAGCUAUCAUCACUUCAGAAUAGAUUUGAGCAAUUUCAGAAAUAUGAUGAUAUUUUUGGAUUUUUGUUUGAUUUGAAAAGACUUAAAUCUAUUGAUGAUGAUGUUUUGAAGUGUUCUUGCAUUAAACUUGAAAAUUACUUGAAGCAUAAUACGAUUUCUGAUAUUGAUAGAAUAAAAUUAUUUUUUGAGUUGAAAGUUUUAAGGGAAGCGAUAUCUACAAACAUUUUUGGAGCAAUUGAUGUAUUGGAUUACAUUAAGAAAAUGAACUGUUGUUAUGCAAGUGCUUGGAUUGCUUAUAAAGUAUUAUUGACUAUUCCUGUCACAGUUGCCUCUGCCGAAAGAAGUUUUUCAAAGUUGAAGUUGAUUAAGUCUUAUUUUCGAUCAUCUAUGUCACAAGAGCGAUUGAAUGGAUUAGCUAUGAUUUCUAUUGAAAAAAAUAUGUUGGACAAACUUGAUGUUAGUAGUUUGAUUACUAAUUUUACAUCUCAAAAUGUGAGAAGGUUAAGUCUUAUGCUAGCCUAAUCUUUCAGGUUGUGAAAGAAGUUUUAUUUUGUUAUUCUAUUUUUCGAAUUGUAUGAAGUUUUCUUUCUAAUAUAAAAGUGUUAAUU